CGGAAAGGGGCGAGUGGUGACGAUUCGGGUUACGGAAAGACUGAGUUGACAGCGGAAACAAAAAUGGCGUCUGCUGACAUGGAGAAAGGCUAUCAGCAGGGACCUCCCCCUGUGUAUCCAGGCAUGGACCCUGCAUCCGGCAAUGCGGCACCCCCACCCUACAGCCAGGCUAUCAAUGAUCCCACAGAGCCCCCACCAACCUACGAGUCCUUGUAUGGGAGAGUGAAGGCUGCCAAGACGAAGUCGACCGGAGUUCCCGACUUCCUCAAGAGAUUCAUCCUUCUCCUUGCAGGGACAAUUGGGUGCACUAUUCUGAUAGGGCUUUUCAUGGCUAUUCCUGUUGCUAUGAUUGUUAUGGGAGCGAUCCACCUGGAUAACUGCCCUGCUGAGCGCUACAUUCCAAUAUAUCUGACUGUUGCUGGCAGUGUGUGGUCAUUUCAAAGUAUAAUUAGUUUAGGAAAGCGAUGUUGCAGCCAAAAAUCAGAGGAGACGGAAGGAGAAGAGGAAAAGAAGAAAACAAGUCCUUUUGAGGCCAUCCUCAACACUUUCAUGUUUGCCUGGUUCAUUGCAGGCAAUGUGUGGGUGUACAGAACCUACGGGAACUUUGACUCUGACCCUAAGUCAGGGAACUACUGUGAUCACACGCUGUACUGGUUUGCAUUCUGGCUGAUCACGGCCACCUACAUCAUGUUUGGAAGCUUGUGCUGCUGCAUGACUCUCAGUGGCUGUAUUGCCAUGUGUGUCGAGAGCAAGUAGACACUCCCCCUUGAAGUCAGUGUUGCUGUUGAUACAAGGAAUUAGUGCCUGCGUCGCUCCACAGCUGGUAGUCAUCAGUCUUCUGUUGACUGACGUUCAGUUGACUGCUAAAAUAUUUGAUUUUUUUAAAGUGGAUGAAUUUCAGACCAGUUUGAAAUUCUUGAAUGGUUCCACUUACUUCCUAUGCCAAUAUAUAUUGAUAACUAACCAUUAACAUUAUCAGUGUUGAAUUAUAAUUCUGAGCAGUCAAAAUAUUACUGUAAUCUAGGCAUAUCACAUCAAUAACUCAUGAUCACCUUGGCAGAUCAUGUUUGUAAAACAUGCAGUAUAUUUAACACUAGACAAACAGUUCAGCUGAGGGAGACACAGUGUUCAAAAUUGAGCAUGACAGUCAAGGGGUUGUUUUCCUAACCCUGAUGUUAAACGGACGAUAGAUGUUUGAGAACUUGGGGAUUAGAUCUUGCCAUAAAUGUCUUUGUAAUGGAUUGUUUUGAGCUUGAAAACCCUUUGAAGAUGUGUCAAGAGUUCCUGAAACAACUUUAAUCAGUAUUUCUCUCAGGUAUUAGCCAAACUCUAUUUUACCUUAAUCUUCAAUUUUGAAGACAGGAAAUAUUUAAAUCCCUGGAUUCAAAUAUCAAAUAAGAUCACUUUGACCUUAUUUCAAACACUAGAGAUAGUGUCUUGCCUUGUUCCAGUUCUUUAUCUUCUUGUUGACACAAAACAUUUUACUCACAUGCUCAGUUCACUUGCCCCAGUCAAUCUACCCAUUAUUAAAAGUAUCAUUAUGAGUUGUAGUUGUGUCAUUUUAUGUAUUUGGCUAGUGCAAGUUUCUUAGAAAAACAUGUUCUCCCUCAGAAUUUACAAAUUUUGUAUAAUGAUCCUAUAAGAUAUAUCAUAAUCAAUAUUUUAUCAUUGAACAUGCCAUCAAUUCAGAAUAUAACAAACUUCAAGGGACCUUAUCAGGGUUUGUAAUAUAUAGAAUUCAUGAUGCACAAGACCAUUGUUGAACUUGAAUGAUGAAGGAUCCCAGUUGAGAAAAUAAUUCAGAAUGAUUUAUGUAGUUGCCAAUAUAAAUAUAUAAUGAUGAUUGUAAAUUGUGGUAUUAAAAAGCUAUAAAUGAU